AUGGCAAAAAUACAUGACCUAGAUAUGGACGAAAUGGACGAGAUUGGGACCAGGCUUGUGGACUUUGUGGAGCCUGCCAAGGCCAGUGCUACGGAGAGCGACGCAUUUUGGCGCCCAGAUAUUUGCACACAUAUCAUCCCAAGUGGCAUAGAGAGCCAUCUAGAGGACUACUUGCAUACUCUCCAGGCGACACCCAUGGAUCCUAGAUUGAUUAGAACCCGGGUCGAUAAUAUCCUCCUAACUACCUUUGCUACCGUGAAAGACUUCUUCAAUCGCUACACACCAAACAUACAACCAGUAUUGGACAAUGUGCAUUUGUCUUUUGGCCAGGCUGUGACUGGGCCAGAACCUGCCGGCGAUGGCUCUUGCUGUCUGAGGAGCAUUGCAGACACUAUUCUCUGGUUUGGUGGGACGGAAAACCUGGAGGCAAAUCUCGUCGUACAGAGAACAAAAUAUGAAGUGGAUGGGAAGCUACCGCCUGCUAUGCUCAUCCUUUACUACAGCAGAGUGAUUUCAGCAAGAAACAUGGGGAUAUAUGGAAUUGUCACUAAUAGCUACAAGUGGCGUUUCGUGUGGAUGAAAUGCAACAGUCAGUACUAUGAGAUUACGUUGGACUGGACAAAUCAAAAUGAGCGCAACUUGAUUUUCGAUAAUCUAUACCAUAUUAUGGAGAGUGCGUUUGUUUUGGCCAUAAGAGGACCUGGCCCGCUGAUCCAGUUGAGAAGCAUCCAGGAGAGAUCUGGGUGCAGGAUAUGGAAUAACAAGGCCGAGAGUGAGCGAGCCUGGGAUGAUUAUGAUGACUUAUGA